AUGCUGGCGAAUUUGGAGGAGUGGAUCAAAAUGGCUACUGAUAACAAGAUCAACUCCCGGAACAGUUGGAAUUUUGCAUUGAUCGACUAUUUUUACGACCUGAAUAUUCUAAAAGACUCUGAGAAUAAUAUAAAUUUUCAGAAAGCAUCUGCUACUUUAGAUGGUUGUGUAAAGAUUUACUCUUCCAGAGUGGAUUCUGUUACUUCAGAAACGGGCAAACUACUAAGUGGCUUAUCUCAGCGGAAGAACGAACAGGCUAAUAGUAAGAAUAACAAACAACCUGGUGAUGGGAAUGAUGGAGAUUAUGAUGAUGCCGACAGUAGUGUUCAAAUUGAUGCUCUAACAGGGUUACCUGUAGGUAAAGAUUCGGACGAGUAUUUGAAGAGAAGAAGAGUACAUAAUAGAGUACUGGAGACAACGCUGGUUGAAUUCGAUAACAUAAGAAUGAAAGAACUAGAUCAAGAACUUAAUAUAGACCCGUUAUUCAAGAAAGCUUUGGUUGAUUUUGAUGAAGGUGGUGCGAAGAGUUUGCUGCUAAAUACCUUAAGCAUUGAUGAAUCUGGGAGAGUAGUGUUUGAUGCGGCUAUGAAAAAUGAACCUUCAUUGCUGAAGGAAAAAGAAUCAAAUGAAGAGCCCCUCAACGAGAACAAUUUACCACUAGAUUCUAGCAAGAGUAUGGAUGAAGACAAUUCUCAUGGUGAUAGAUCUGAUAAAAAUAGUACACCGACACCACAGACACCAAUAACAGAGCCUGAAGAAGAAGAAGAUAGUAAAGCAGACAUAACCUUGAAUAAAUCAUUUUCAUCAAAUUUUCAAUAUUCUAUGGAUGAUGAAAUAUUGGCCCUAGGUAUUGAUUACAUCAAAUUUGAUGAUAUUUCCACAUCUGACAUCUCUCCAUCUUUACAAAAUCUCCGAAAUGUCAUAGCUGACAUAAACAAAGCAAAGGGCUUUAUAGAUAGCAUAAACAACAAGUUUGAUAAUUUCCUAACCGAGGAUGAAAUAAAAGAAGCCGUUCCGGAGGAAGAAGGUCCAAAUGGAAAUGAUUACGAUGAUGGUAUAAAUCAAGAAUUGGAAUAUUCUAUGGGAAAUAAUGAAGACGUACUACCAUUCGAUAUAAAUGAUGGCGGUGACAACUUUGGAGAGGAUAAUGAGGGAGGAAUUGAUGACGAGGAAGGUGAUGAAAAUGGGGGACUGGAUUCUAUGCUUGGCAGUAUAUUAGAGAAAGAUCUUAUGGCAUAUUUUGAUGAGAAGAUGAAUAGAAAUUGGAGAGGUAGGGAGCACUGGAAGGUUGCAAACUACAAGAAAGCCAAUACCAUUGAUAACAAAUCAUCAGAACCUAACAAUGAAAUAGAAAGGGAAGCAACAGAAUCUGAAGGCACUUCAGAAGAAAAUAAAAAGAGUGACACCAAGAAAGAGAGGAAAAAACAGAUUCAGAUUGAUUUCUUAAACUUAGAUCCAAACAUCGAGAGCAUAGUAUUUGAUAGUAAAAAGAGAUCUGGUAUUGAUAUGGCAAUAAAGUCAAGAACAAAUGAUUCACAUUAUCUACUACCAGAUGAUUACCAUUUCUCUACAGAAAAAAUCACUGGGUUGUUCAUCAAACCUAAUACAAAAAUGUCGAUAUUUAACAGAGUGAAGAGGAGAAAGAUGACUGCAGCUCAAGUAGAUACAACAUCGGAUAACUUAGGUAAUGGGAUUCCACAAAUCGCGGAUGAACAAUUCUGGGCAAAUAAUUAUGAGGAGCAGGAAAAUGAGAAUAAUAUCGGCGGGAAUAAUGAUCUGGAAAGUAGCAACAUUGUUGGAGCGGAUAUAGAAAAUCCAUUUGAGGAAGAAGGUAUCGAUUUUAACCAAGCUUUUGAGGACAUGUCAUUGGAUGAGAACGAUGAUGCAGGUAAGGAUAUAUUCACUCAGAAAGAUGAGAAGGAAGAUCUGACAAAGUUACGCCAACCUGACAAGGUAACGUACUCCAGAGUCUCCAAGAAAGUAGAUGUACGAAGACUGAAGAAGAACAUAUGGAUGUCAGUUAAAUCUGUUGUGUCACAAUUAGAUGAAACAUCCGAUAUAUUACAGUUUAGAUUUACCGAUAUCACCAAGAAUCUAGGGAAAUUCUACUCACCAGAGAGCCUGAGUGACAUCUCAACAAGUUUCUGCUUUAUUUGCCUUUUGCAUUUAGCCAACGAACAUGGCUUACAGAUCAAAAGUACUGAGAACUAUGAGGACCUAACUGUAAUAUUCGAUAAAUCUGUUGUCACAGUAUGA